UGAAGGUGGUGGUCGAGAGAAACAACGGCGAUUGUAACCGGAGCAAACAAAGGUAUAGGUUUUGAGGUGGUGAAGAAGUUACUGGAGCUUGGACUAACGGUAGUCUUAACCGCCAGAAACGCCAAAAAUGGAAGCCUCGCCGCCGAUUCCCUCCGCCGUGCCGGCUUUCAAAACGUUCAAUUCUACUGCCUCGACGUCUCCGAACCUUCUUCCAUCGCUGCCUUUGUCUCCUGGUUCCGUCACAACUUUGGAGUACUCGACAUUCUGGUGAACAACGCCGCUGUUUCAUUUAACGUCGUCGGUGAUAAUUCAAUCAGAGAGCCAGAGACCAUAAUCAAGACCAAUUUUUACGGUGCCAAGCUUUUAACGGAGGCGCUUCUGCCGUUGUUCCGUCACUCAGUCUCCGCUAGCCGCAUCCUUAACAUUAGUUCAAGGCUUGGCUCAUUAAACAAACUGAGAAACCCUACUGUGAGACAAACCCUAGAAAGUGAAGAGCUUACCAAUGAACAAAUCGAUGCGACAGUGACUCAGUUUCUAGAAGACGUGAGCAACGGGACGUGGGAGAAGCAAGGAUGGCCAGAAAAUUGGUCGGACUACGCAGUCUCCAAGAUGGCUUUGAACGCUUACUCUAGAGUUUUGGCUCGACGUUACAACGGCAAAAAACUAAGUGUUAACUGCUUCUGUCCUGGCUUCACACGCACGUCUAUGACCGGUGGUCAGGGAACUCACACGGCGGAAGAUGUUGCCGCAACCAUCGCCACGUUGGUUUUGCUUCCACCGGAGAAGCUGACCUCCGGCAAGUUUUUUAUGUUUUUAGAGCACAAGAAAAUUAUUUCCAGGUUGUGAUUCUCAUAGUAAAGAUCAUUAUAUGAUUAGUUAUUAACUGAUUACUAUAACAAAGUAAAUAAAAUUCGUAUAAUUAUCUGCGAAUUAAUAUACUAAAUUGUUUUAUAUAUUUGUGCAUGUAGUGAUUAAUAAUUAAAUGUGUAGAAGAAAAAUAGCUUCUUAAACCAGCUUGUAAACAACAAUUCUGUUUUUGAAAAUCAAUAAAAGUAUUUAGUCGAAUAAAUGAAUGUAUGAGGUGGUUUAUUAGAGUUUGAUUUGAUUUGGUUGAUGGCUCUAUAUCAUUUAGCUAAUAUCACAGCAAUUACCUAAAGGGGCUAAGCCCAUAUUGAAUUAAUAUUAGGCCUAAGGCCCAUUAAUGAACUAUAGGCUUUUUUUUUAUUAUACAUUAGGGUUUUUCAGUCUCCUCAGCCGCUUCUAUUUCUUCUAUAUAGUUCACGAAGAUGGUGCCUUUCAGAUUCAUCAUCUUCAAGUUCGAGUUUUAAGUCCUUAGUUUUCUUUUUAAUCUUAUAGGUUUGCUAGGGAUUCUAUAUGGUUUCGAAGUUUCUUUCAUGGUUAGUUAGCGUUUCUAGUUUUGUCUGAAAGGUUUUGUAUAAAGGCUUGUUUCUUAUUUAAAGAAAGCCAAUUUGCAGAGCAAUGACGUCAAAAAUAAAAUGGCGUGAGUUGCCUUGAAGGUUGGCAACAACAAUAAGCGAUUCUCCGUGCCUAUCAAUUUUUUCUUGAUAUUGAUCGUGGCCUCGAACAAGUCGCUACAUUUAAUUAAUUCAACAAUCAUAUUCUUGAUAUGUUUUUUUUUUAAAAGGAAAGCCAAUUUGCAGAGCAAUGACGUCAAAUAUAAAAUGGCGUGAGUUGCCUUGAAGGUUGGCAAUAACAAAUAAGCGAUUCUCCGUGCCUAUCAAGUUUUCUUUAUACUGAUCGUGGCCUCGAACAAGUCGCUACAUUUUUUUUUCAUUCCAGUCCCUAACAUUUAAAAACAGAGUCCUAUUGAAAGAUUGGACAUUUAAAGAUGUAAAAAGAUUGUAACAGACGUGCUAAUAACGGAUAAGAUUGGGA